AGUUAUUCUCAGAGACUUGGUAGGGCAGGAGACAUCACUGUGAGGCUCUCAGCUGAUACGCACUGUCAUAGAUAACCUCAAUAUCAUACGCAGGGAGAAGUGAAGAUUUAUUAAAGUUGGGACAUGAUCAUGCAUUUACUGAGGAAGCUGUUAGUUCGUGGAGCCGCAAAAUCACCAUCACUAAGACAAUGGAGUGGAAGCAGUACCAGGCUGUACAUUAAUGCAUCCUUCCCAUUCCUGCUCUCAAGGCCACGUCUGCCUAUGCUUCUCAGCUCAAGAACUUAUGAAGCUGAACACUUGGUCAACAAAUUACCAAAACUUCAGAAAAUAAGAACAUUAGAAGUGUCAGGAAUUGACAAGGACCAUCCAGCCAGGAAAACUUCACCCUCAGUCAAAAUUACUGGUGUUGCAAUGAGUCACAAGACAGGCAUGCUUGAGGUGAGCUGGAAAGAGGGCAAAACCGAUAUCUUCCCGUAUGUGUGGCUACGGGAUAAUUGUCUUUGCCCUGCCUGUUUUCAUGCUGCUUCCAACUCGCGUAUACACCCCAUCAAAGACCUUGAUCUAAGCACUCAGCCUCAGACUCUCCAGGUUCUGGAGGAAGGUAAACAGUUGGAGAUAGUGUGGACUGAUGGACACCGUGCAGUAUACCCAGCUGCCUGGCUUUACUCUCGUGCAUUCAACGAAACUCAACGCCUUGCACAAGCACGGAAAUUCAGAUUAAAUCGUAGCUACUGGGGAGCUGAGUUACUCAAAAACCUUCCUCAGGCAUCAUUCCAUGAGCUUCUCAUAGAUGAUUCUGCCUUGUUGUCGUGGCUACAACAGCUAGAGAUAAUGGGGUUCGUCCUCGUUACUGGAGCACCAGCUGAACCAGGCCAGGUUCGCAGACUUGCUGAGAGGGUUGCCUUCAUUAAGAAGACUCAUUAUGGGGAAGAAUUCACAGUGAAGGCUAAAAGUGAUCCCAGUAAUGUUGCAUACCUGAGUGGUACACUGCAACUUCAUGCUGAUCUUCCGUACUAUGAAUAUAAACCUGGGGUUCAGUUCAUCCAUUGUGUUGUCCAGUAUGAAGGUACAGGAGGAGAAUCUCUCCUUGCUGAUGCUGUCCAUGUUGCUCACCAGUUAAAGACACUGUAUCCUGAGAAGUACAGUAUCCUGACGCAGACACCAGUCGAUUGGUUUGAUAAGGGUGUGGAUGAACUUGGAGAGUUUUACAAAAUUCUACAAAUUCCUAUGAUUUGUACUAAUGCCACUGGUGAAAUUCAGCGCAUCAACUUCAGCCAACCACAGCGCAAUUCAUUUUUCUCUAUCCCAGCACAUCAAGUGGCUGGUUGGUAUGAUGCAAUGGUUACAUAUCAUCGCCUUCUGUCAGAUCCUUCCUACUGUCUUCAGUUCAAAAUGGAACCUGGUAUUUAUUUUCUUUGUGUAUUUCAGUAACAAAUGAUAAUUGGG